GUUGACUUCAGGCAAAAGUGACAAAGCAAGAUAUUGCCAAACGCGAUAUUCUGACAUCAUGGCGAUCGCGGACUAUAAGACAUACCUGGCGGAGAAUGUUCUCAAUGAGCAGCGCACGGUCACUUAUCGCUCGCUGGGUCGAGCUCUCCGUGUGCAUAGCACGUUAGCAAAGCAAAUGCUGUACGACUUUCACCACAAUGAGAACAACAAAAAGCCAAACAGCGUCAAUGCGACGUACAUCCUUACGGGAGUUCAGAAGGCACCCGAGCCAGGGACCUCCGCGAACGGUUUCCAGUCCAGCGCCGAUACGGACGAUAUUCCCCCGAGCAGCCCCUACAUGAGCAGCUCUAUGCCCAACCAGGAUGGCGAUGCAGACGAGGUCGCGGUUUCCUCGGUAUUGCUUGUGCGCGAGGAAGAUCUGAAGGAUGCGAAAGCAACCUUCCAGUCUAUCGCCUCGAUAUACGUCUACAGCCUACAACCUACUGUGCUGCAGGAUCUCAAUGUCUUGACGGACGUGGCCCGGGAGACACUGGCCAACCAUGCGCAGGAAGACCCGCUGGAGCACGGGUCAUCCUGGGGCAUGAUUCAGAAUAGGAAUGUCAAGGCGGAACCUAGCGCCUCUGAGGAUGUUGUUCUGGACGAUGCAUCUGAAGACGAGCCUGACGAACUUUUCCCUGACUCGAGCAAGUCUGCUUCUACCAGCACGCGGGAGACUCGGAAAGAGCGGGAGGAGAGGCUUCGGAAGAUGAUGGAGGAUGACGAUGAGGAAGAGGAUGAAGAAAUGCCUGAUGCCGCGCCGUCGCCUGAAGAGGAGUCCAAUGUCAUCGACCAACCACCUCCUAAACCGGCCGAACCCAAGGAAGAGGUGAUUAUCCGUGCAGGCCGUCGACGGGGAAGGCGUCAGGUGAUGAAGAAGAAGACGGUCAAGGAUGAGGAGGGCUACUUAGUCACCGUCGAAGAGCCGAGCUGGGAGUCAUUUUCAGAGGAUGAGCCAGCACCGCCGCCCAAGAAGAAGCCGGCCGUGAGUGCGCCGAAGGGGAAAGCCGGGCCUAAAGCUGGUCAGGGCAGCAUCAUUAACAACGCAAUGCGACGCGACCAAGUGACGGCCUCGGCGCCGAUCCCUGUUGAUCUUCUCCGCAUUUCUGGCCCGCAUUCCAACUUCCUUCCCCUUGUCACCUCCGUCACGCCCACCAGUCCACUUUCCGAUCAUGUCUCCUUCUCUUCCCUUCUUUUUGCUUUUGUCUGUGUGGGAUCUUCCUUUAUUUCAUACUGUGUCGCACUCUGUCGACUUCUCGGAAUACCUAGGCUCGUCAUGACACGCUCUGCGAUACUGAUCGUGGUUCUAGCAGCCAGUAUAGGCGCUACAGGCGCUACAGUUCGCGAUGAGCAGGCGAUUCUGCGGCGUUCCUGUUCUGACUACCUAUCCUAUUCCUCUGUCGGACAUGCCCCGUACAGCGGCGGUGCCUUGAAUCUGCCGUUCCAGCGCCCUUCUGUCGAAUGUCGGACCUUCUCGUCACCUGGGGUAGAGACUGUCAUUGAGGAUGUGACGUCGCGGAUGGUAGACAAAGACCUCGCGCAGCUGUUCCGGAAUGCCUUUCCCAAUACGCUAGACACGACCAUCCGCUGGCACGUCAACGGGACCCAGACACCGACAUCAACAGAUUCCCCAAAGCGGAAGCGAGCCAACAACGCACCUCAAUGGCAAGGGCUGCAGUCCUUCAUCGUCACUGGCGACAUCAACGCCGAAUGGCUGCGCGACUCGACCAACCAGCUCUCCGGCUACCAGGCUCUGGCCAAGAAGGACCGGGCCCUCUACAACCUCAUCCUGGGCGCCAUCAACACCCAGGUUGAGUACGUCAUCCAGUCCCCCUACUGCAAUGCCUUCCAGCCGCCGUCCGCAAGCGGCAUUUCACCGGCCAGCAGCAGCCAGCAGGACACCGUCACGCCACCGUACAACUCCUCCGUGGUCUUCGAGUGCAAGUACGAGCUCGACUCGCUGGCCAACUUCCUCGCGCUGGGCACCCAGUUCCACGAGCACACCAACUCAACCGAGUUCUUGACGCCAAGAUGGUAUCAAGCCCUCGACACCGUGCUGCGGGUCAUCGACGCCCAGUCCCAGUCCACCUUCAACGCCGCCCAGCAGUACGUGACGAACGAGUACACCUUCCAGCGUCAGACGACCCUGGGCACCGAGACCCUCAAUCUCGCGGGGAUCGGCAACCCGCUCAACGGCGGCACGGGGCUCAUCCGCAGCGCCUUCCGGCCCAGCGACGACGCCACCAUCCUGGGCUUCUUCAUCCCCCCGAACGCCAUGAUGGCCGUGCAGCUGCAGAAAACCGCUGCGGUGCUGCGUCGCCGCGCCGCGGCCGACAGCGGGAACGACAACGCAAACCACAUCGUCGCCGUCGCCGAUGACCUGCAGUCCCGCGGGGAGAAGCUCGCGCAGGCAGUCCAGGAGCACGGGAUCGUCCAUCACCCGGUGUACGGCGACGUCUACGCCUUCGAGGUGGACGGGUACGGCUCGCGCAUCCUGAUGGACGACGCGAACGUCCCGUCGCUGCUGUCGCUGCCGCUCCUGGGCUUCGUCGACCAGCAGGAUCCGGUCUACCAGAACACGCGCAAGAUGAUUCUAAGUCCUGCGGGAAACCCGUAUUAUCUGACCGGCACGGAUUUCCAUGGUAUCGGCGGUCCACAUAUCGGUCUGCAGAAUGCAUGGCCCAUGUCCCUGCUCGUCCAAGCGAUGACAACAGACAACACAACCGAGAUCACCGAGUGCGUGAACCUGGUCCGCAACUCGAGUCUGCUGGGCUUGGUCCACGAGUCGAUCAACGUGAACAACAUCUCCACUUACACGCGGCCGUGGUUCGCGUGGGCGAACUCGGUCUUCGCGCAGACGAUCCUCAAGCUCGCCGCGGAGAAACCCGCUUUGGUCUUUGGGGAGGAAGCCCAGCCGUAUGUGAUUGAGUAGAGAGCUUGGAGCCUGGACUCGGAGACAUCUGACGGACGCCCGCUGGUAUUGCGUUUGGGUUGAGGCUUUCAUGAGCGUGUACAUACAUCUAAACCAAUAGCAUAACGAGCACUCAGCCAACAUGUCGCGAGGCUAAAUUCUGCUUGCUGAAAAGCUCAUAUGACGUUGCUCCUCCUUCUUAGAAGGGAAACAAAGUGCUCAUAAGUCUACAUUAAGC